AUGAGUUUUCGAAAUUAUAAAGAAAAAAUUGAUGAAGGUGAUACCGUGAUAUUGUAUUUAAGUAAUAACCUUUAUGCUUUAGAAGUGACACCUGAAAUAAAAAAUAAAAGAGGUGAUUUAGUAGAAAACGUUUACCAAACACCAUUUGGUGCUUUAAAGGUUAGAAAUCUUAUUGGGGCUGACUAUGGAAGCCGAGUUGAACUAUCCAAAGGCUGGGGCCACAUUUUACAACCAACACCAGAAUUGUGGUCUCAAACCUUACCUCAUCGCACGCAGAUCAUCUACACACCAGACAUUAGUAUGAUAUUAUUACAAUUGGACUUAGUACCUGGUAGUAUUGUUAUCGAAGCAGGUACUGGAAGUGGUUCGCUAACUCACGCACUUAUCCGUCGAGUGCGUCCACAUGGCCACGUCUAUACAUUCGACUUCCACGAGCACAGGGCGAACGUUGCCAGAGAAGAGUUCCAAGAGCACGGCUUGGCGGAUUUCGUCACUACGCAACACAGGGACGUCCUCGAAGAUGGUUUCGGCGCGGAUCUGAACGGGAAAGCCGACGCUGUGUUUCUAGAUUUGCCCAGACCUUGGGACGGCGUGAUCCACGCGGUUGCCGCCAUGAAAGCGCAAGGUGGACGUUUCUGCUCCUUCUCGCCUUGCAUAGAACAAGUCCAGCGCACGUGCUUGUCGCUUAAAGAGCACGGCUUCCAAGACAUAUCCACCAUGGAGGUAUUGCAGACUGAGCUGAAGGUCACCAAGCGCAACGUACCCGUCAGAGAUCUGUCGUUCCUCAAACAUAAGAGCUCUGAGAGCCCGGUGGAGGAGAAACCGAGUAGCGAGAAGACCUACGUGGUGGCCACGUGGCCGACAAGCACUACAGGGCACACUGGCUACCUCACAGUUGCCACGCUGCCGCCGAUGUUCAUCAGAAAGAAAACUGCGCCAGCGAAACAGAUCGAGGCAAAUCUGACCGAAGUCACGAACGAGGCUAUGGCAGUCGACGUUGCAGCUACA